GGACCAAGUCUCCGGCUCGGGCUCCUACUGCUGCUAGUGGCGGUGCAGGCAUGGCUUCUGCAGACAGUCCAACUACGCCCAAGGCCGGUGGGGCUGGUGGGGGGCGGCGGAAGAGGAGGGAAAGAGCGAUUUCGUUGCUGCUGGCCGACGGCGAGGACGGCCAGCCGGGAGCAUCUCCGUCGUCGCGGUCUGCGGCCAGCGACCAAAGCCCGCACGGUUCGCCACUGCAGAUGGCGGCGGCCGAGGCCGAGGUGUUUGCCGCCGAGAUCACACGGUUCAAGCGACAAAAGGAGGCGCGCCUGGCAUCGCUGGCCGCCAAGCAGGUCCUUGGCAGCAUGACGGGCUUGGCGCCGACCAAGGAGGAUGUUCAAACUGCUGCUGCGGUCAAGGUCGACGCCAAGGCCAAGGUUGACACCGAGGCCGAGACUGGAGUCGAGACCGACAAGGCUGUCGAGCGACGGAUGCUCGGCUUCUUUGAGCUGAAGAACACGGUCUUUGCGCUCCUCACCGAGGCCGGAGAGUGCUCGUUUACCCGGCUCCACGACCUAAUUCUUACCAAUCUGCCGGAUGCUGCGCUCACACUUGAUGGCCUCGUCAACUUUCUCCGCGACAACGUGAUGAUGUUCGAGAUGUCGGCGGCGAACAGCUCUGUCCGGCUCCGCGACCUGACGCCGACGGCAGCCUCUGUGCAGGCUCGGCUGAGGAACUUGCAUACUCGCAGCCUUGCGGCUGAGCAGAUGCAGGCCCGUCUGGCGCACAAGCUCAACGUUCUUGCCCAGCGCCGGUCGCAGAUUGCCCAGCUUCGGGCUCUGGCUGAGCAGUGGCAAGAGUGCCUCCGGACCCAGGGCUUUGACCCGGCUGCGGUGCUCUCGUCGGCUGCGGCAGCUCGCUCGCCGGUCCCGCAUGUCCGCCGCCCGCAACCGCACUCACCACAUCCAGUGAUGGCCUCGCCGCACAGCUCGCCGUCAGCUCUGCGCGCCAUGCCGUACUCGCCGCACUCGCCGCACUCGCCGCAUAGGCGUGUUCAUCCCAUGCCGCACCUGCCCCCGCCGCACUCGCCGCAGUAUGCGCCGGCGUAUCCGCCGCAUCCGCAUCCGCAUUCGCGUCCACAGGGUACAGCCCCGCCGCACUCGCCGUCACGCCGCCCGCGGCACGCCGUCCCACUUACUUGAGCAGCCGCCAAGACACAAU